ACAAUUAAGACACUUUGGUGGAUAUAUAAAUUACCGAAAAAAGUGUGGUGGCUUUCAGAAAAUUAUCUUCUCUUUUUAAUUCUAGGUGUAGUGGUAGCUUCAUUCCCUUCAUAUUCUUCUGGUCGGCUCUCUGUAAAGCAAAACAGGUGCUGCUCAGCCGGUAAAGCGCCGAAAUGUAAGCAUAGAUCUAACGGUGGAUGACGCUGACUGCGUUGCGGUUCACAGCGAAGAGGGGGGAAGAGAAGGCCCACCAACCAGUUGAUGGAAAUCCAACAGCUAUUUGCAAGAGGUCGCCUGCCAAUUGUUUGUUCCAAGUACCCAGUGAAUCUCGGGAACUUGAUCGAGCUAGAAAGCUUAUGGAGAAUCGUGGGCAUGUCAUUAUUAUUAUCAACAAAUAUUAAAUAAGUGGAUUUGCAGCAAAAUCUACUGAACAGGGCUCGAAAUUUCGAAUCUUGGAGAUAGUUUUGAGACAAAGGCUCCAGUUUGACAGCCCUUGGCCUUUUCAAAUUGCUGCUUAGCUUCAAUGCUGCGCUCGUUUUCAAUGAAGAGGGGACUCGUUUCAGCCCUUUUUGGUUGGCUGGGACUUAAAACAAAGUUUAGGCCCCAGCAUCAUCGCUCCCAUGUUUGAAUUGGUUCAAGGUUCAGAAAGUGUCGUGAAGGAUGAUGAAGUUGAGGGCUAGGGUGUGCUUGCUUUCCCUUGUUGUUGCUAGAUUUCCAGCCUUACUUUCAUCUUCUUCUUUAGAUUGCCUCCCUAAUUCUUGUCUUAGUUUCAGAACUUCUGCUUUCUCCUUUUCCUCUUCUGCCUCCUCCUCCUCCUCCUCUUUGCCAUCAUCACAAAUGGGCUCUCCUGCUCAUGUUCAAAAGCUCAUUGCCUCUCAGGAUGAUCCUCUACUUGCCAAGGAGAUAUUCGACCUAGCCUCUCGCCAACCCGGUUUCCGCCACUCAUACUCUGCUUUCCACACCCUCAUCGUGAAGCUCGGCCGCUCGAAUCAUUUCUCGCUCAUGGAUUCUCUUCUUCGCCGUCUCAAGUCUGAAAGCUAUCCUGUCACUCCUGGCCUGUUUGUUGACAUUAUGCAAAUCUAUUGUAAUGCAAAGAUGCUCGAUGAUGCUGUGAAAACCUUCCUUAGAAUGCCUGAAUUUAAUUGCAAGCCCCUGACCAAGCACUUCAAUUCCCUUCUCCGAGUUCUCAUCGAUCACAAUCAGAUUCGGAUGGCCUAUUCACUCUUCCAGAACUCUGACAGCCUCGGCAUUUCUCCCAACAUACAGACCUUCAACAUCCUCAUCAAGGCUUUUUGCCUUAACAACAAACUGAGUAUUGCAUACUCUCUGUUCAAUCAGAUAUUUAAGAGGGACAUGAUUCCGGACGUUGAAUGCUAUCGGAUUCUAAUGCAAGGAUUGUGUAGGAAGAGCCAAGUUAAAACUGCCUUUAAUCUGUUGGAUGACAUGCUCAACAAGGGGUUCGUCCCCGAUGGCUUGACAUAUACAAGCCUGCUUAACAGCUUGUGCAGGAAAAAGAAGCUUAGAGAAGCAUACAAGCUUCUAUGUAGGAUGAAAGUGAAGGGGUGCAACCCAGAUAUUCUGCACUACAACACUCUGAUUGUCGGGUUCUGCAGGGAGGGAAGAGGGCAGGAGGCACAGAAAGUGCUUGAUCAGAUGCCUGCAAAUGGCUGCAACCCAAAUGCAGUGUCUUACCGGACUCUAAUCAAUGGCCUCUGCAAGCAGAGUUUGCUUGAAGAGGCAAAGGCGUAUCUGGAUAGGAUGGUAUCACUGGGACUGGACCCUCAUUGUUCAACAUUUCACUCUUUGAUUCAUGGGUACUGCCAGGGGUACAGAAUUGAGGAGGCUUGUGGGAUUGUGGAGUUAAUGCUGAAGGGUGGUUUUGUUCCUCAUAUCCAGAGUUGGGAGGCAGUGGUGCCAAGGAUUUGUGAUGAAGAUGGUGGUGUUAUGUUUGAUGAGGUUGUGAAGAUGGCUGGAAAGGAUGCACAAUUGGUCGGUCGAUGUCGACAAUAUGGUUUUUCUGCUUCUCUCUCCAAUUUAUCUCAACAUAUUGCAUUGAGAAAUAAGGUCCAAAACCUACUGUUUCUCCACUAUGGUGAAAGAAAUAAGGAGACUGUUGCUGUUUAUAAAAGGAGAGGAGGGACCUGCAAAUGGAGAGAGACAGGCAGAACAAGACAUGAUAAACAUUCGCAAAAAUGGUCAUACGGUUUCACCCUCUUGGAAGGACGAAAAGGAUCAUUGAUACUGAUAAUUUACAAAAGAUACCUGAACUUGGCAAUCGUGGAACAUUAGCCUUAAAAAUGCAGCAGCGGCUGUGACAUCUGAAAAAAUUGGUGCCAUUGCUUUGCUGACCAAGGUGUCCAGCUGAGGACAUGAACUAUCGUAGUAGUCAUACGAGAGAGAAGCAUUCAGAAAGCCCACACAGAUGAAGAAUGA